UGGGCUGAACUUGAUCGCGACGUCGAGGGAAAUAUGGCUCCUAAAGCUUCAAAAUUUCCAUCAGGAAUUAAGGCUUUGGCUGAUUAUGUUCACAGCAAAGGAUUGAAGUUUGGAAUUUAUUCUGAUGCUGGGAUUCAAACGUGUAGUAAGCAAAUGCCCGGAUCACUUGGACAUGAAGAUCAGGAUGCAAAAACAUUUGCUUCCUGGGGUGUGGAUUUCUUGAAGUACGAUAAUUGCGAGAAUAGUAAUAUAACAGCAAAGGAGAGGUACCCUCAAAUGUCUGAAGCUUUAUUAAACUCUGGGAAGAGGCAAAUCUACUUUUCCAUGUGUGAAUGGGGAUCAGAAGGGCCAGCACUUUGGGCCAAAAAUGUAGGGAAUAGUUGGAGAACAACAGGAGAUAUUGAAGAUAAAUGGGAAAGCAUGACAAAUAUAGCAGAUGCAAAUGACAAAUGGGCAUCUUAUGCUGGACCCAGAAGUUGGAAUGAUCCGGAUAUGCUAGAAGUUGGGAAUGGUGGAAUGACAACCGAAGAAUACCGUUGCCAUUACAGCAUCUGGGCAUUAGCUAAAGCUCCUUUGUUGAUUGGUUGUGAUGUUCGAUCUAUGGAUUCCGCAACAUUCGAACUACUAUCCAACAAGGAAGUCAUCGAUGUGAACCAAGACAACCUAGGAGUUCAAGGAAGGAAGAUGAAAAGUGAAGCUGGCUUGGAGGUUUGGGCUGGUCCUCUCAGUAAUAACAAAGUAGCAGUGGUUUUAUGGAACAGAAGUUCAUCAAAAGCAAAUGUGACUGCAGAUUGGUCGGACAUAGACUUAGACACUGGAAAAGUAGUAGAUGCUCGAGAUUUAUGGCAGCACUCUACACAAACAUCAGUUUCAGGACAAAUCUCUGCUGAAUUAGAUUCACAUGCUUGCAAGAUGUAUGUUCUCACCCCUUACUAA